UAGGAAAACACCAUCGCAAACCCGCGUCCAGCCGUUCACGAGUAGUUUUCGUCGCUGCCUUCCUAUACCCUCAUUCUCGACCGGGUAAUGCGCACGACCUUCUGAAGCCUUUGAGGCGAUGCCAGUUCCCGACGACCCUUUACGCGGGUACACGCCAGGUCACCAACGAGUCAACCUCGACGUCGAUCUUGCAAAUAAGGCACUCAAGGGAUGGACGGAGAUCACAAUUGUCCCGACGGACCCAGCAUUGAAGGCGUUACGACUCAAUUGCCGACAGAUAAAAGUAUCGGCUGUCACCGUUAAUGGCAAAGAAGCGCCUUUCUCCCUCAAGCAUGACCUCACCAAACUCAAACUCCCGGAAGGAUCCGACGUUCACCAGCACCACUUGUUACGCACGAAGCUCGACGGAGUUCUACAUGCGGCAGAUGUGGGAGGAGAAUUGGCAAUAUCGUUUCCGAAGGGGGUCCGGGUGGAACCUCAGAAGGAGCCAUUGGCGUUCGUCACGUCCCAACCUAUGGCAAACGGCAGAUCAGAUUCGCCAAUUCCCGGAACACCAGCAGCAUUGCCGACUGCCAAUCCGUUCGGUAUCAAUUACGCGUCUAUCACUGUUCGAAUAGAUUUCACUCUGGAGGAUACAAACAUGGGCUUGUACUUCGUGGGGUGCGAACCCGAUGACAAGCGAUAUCCUCACUGUUUCACCACCAAUACGCCAAUACCGGGAGCUACGUCAUCAUGGAUACCUUGUAUGGAUGGAUUAUGGGAUCGGUGUACGUGGGAGUUCGAAUUUACCGUGCCGAAGACUUUGCGGCACCUCAACGCUCGACCGUCAACUACCAAUGCAACCAUGGAUUCAAUCGAUACCGCUAUGACUGAUGCAGAUCGACCUGAUACUGCAGAAACGGCAGCACCUCUGAAUGACGCGGGAGAAGACAUUGAUAUCACUGUAAUCUGCUCCGGCGAUCAGACCGAUGAGCGUUCACAUCCUACAGACCGCUCAAGGAAGAUUCUGUCAUUCGCUUUGGCAUCACCUGUUGCAGCGCAACAUAUCGCGUUUGCCAUAGGUCCCUUUACCCGGGUAAGUCUCACAGAGUUCCGAGACAGCGAGGAGGAUGAUGCGAUGGGAAUGAGUGCUGUGGAGGUCCUCGGGUAUUGCUUACCCUUGAGGGAAUCUGACAUGCGGAAUACAUGCGCGUUCAUGUAUAAGGCAAUCGAUUUCUUCGUCAGGGAGUACGGUUCAUACCCAUUCACGAACUUCAAGCUGUGUUUCGUCGAUGAGGCGCCGGUACAAGCAUUAGCAUCAGCUUCUCUGGCAAUUUGUAGCAACAACAUGCUUUUUCCAGCGGAUGUCAUUGAUCGUAUGUACGAGGUGACCAAUGCACUUACGUACACUCUGGCUUCACAAUGGGUUGGUGUGAAUAUCGUUGCGAAAGGUUGGGAGGAUAUGUGGAUCGUCAUUGGAUUGGGAUACUAUAUCACGGGUUUGUUUAUGCGAAAGCUUAUGGGAAACAAUGAAUAUCGGUUCAGGCUCAAGAAGGAAGCGGAAGAGGUUUGCAGGCAAGAUGUGGGAAGACCGAGUCUGAUGUAUCACGGGAUUAUGGCACCGUUCGAUUACGAGGCAUUGAACUUCAUUGCUCUUAAAGCGCCAGUUGUGCUGCAUAUUUUGGAACGUCGUCUCACGAAGUCGGGUGGAUCAUUGGGGUUGUCGAGGGCUAUUCCGAAGUUGUUCUUGCAGGCAAUGACGGGUGAUCUGGUCAACGGAUGCUUGAGCACAGCGUACUUCAUCCGUACGUGUGAAAAGAUCAGUCACACAAAGCUCGACGUUUUCACGGAUCAGUGGAUUUAUGGUACAGGAUACCCCGUCUUCAAGAUCACGCAGAGGUUUAACCGAAAGAAGAUGGUAAUUGAAAUGACGAUCAAGCAGGAUCAAACUACGGCUAUCCUGCCUCGACCACUGGAUGCGGAGAACUUCGUGCAAGAAGCCUUGAAGUAUAAUCGUUAUGAGGAGCCCCCCGAGGUCAAUCCAGUCUUCACCGGUCCCAUGACGAUCCGGAUUCACGAGGCUGAUGGGACACCAUACGAUCACGUCGUUGAGAUUAAAGACGCGCUAACGAAGGUGGACAUUCAAUAUAACGCAAAGUAUAAGCGUCUGAAGCGAAAACGCCGGCAAGCCAUGAAACCCGGUCUCGUGGUAGCAGCAAACUCGGAUGGUACAUCAGACACACCCGCUGCAGAGCAAGAAAUCGUCCUACAAUGCUUGGGCGACGUCUUGCAGACCGAGGAGGAUGCAUUCCUCUGGAAGCUCACCGACUGGACAAAGGACGAGGAAGACCGAAUGUCUGCCGAAGCCUUCGAGUGGAUCCGCAUCGAUGCGGAUUUCGAAUGGAUCUGCCGAAGUAGCGUCAAUCAGCCUGAGCACAUGUGGAUCUCACAACUUCAGCAGGAUAGAGACGUUAUCGCGCAGUAUGAAGCUGUUCACGCUCUUGCCGUAAAUAAGGAAAAUCCCAUCAUCUCGACGACAAUGAUCCGAACGUUGAUGGAUACGCGAUAUUACUACGGCGUCCGCCUUGAGGCCGCCUAUGCCCUAGCCAAAUCAGCGACAGAGGAGCUUGAGUGGAUCGGGCACUUUCACCUGAACAAAGCGUUCCGCGAUUUGUUCUGUUAUGAGAACUCCACGAUACCUCUGCCCAAUGACUUUGAGGACUUUACGCGCUACCAUGUUAUGUGUGCAAUCGUGGAAGCCAUCUCGAGGAUUCGGGAUAAUCAGCAGAAGGCGCCUGCUGGCGUUAAGCAGUUUCUGUUGGAUCUGUUGAAGUAUAACGAUAACUCGGGAAAUGACUACUCAGACGCGUUCUAUCUGGCAAAGAUUAUGGGAGCACUCGCGGCAACGCUUGUCUCGUCAGAGGCGGCUAUAUCUCAGUUCACCUUCGAUUUCGGGGAUAAUGAGAACAACGACGCCGGGUUUUCGGAGGUUGUCGUGAAAGAAAUUGAGAGGUGUCAGAGGAUGGACCAGUGGCUUCCCUCGUACCAGAACAUCAUCUCAAGAAAGGCAAUCGAGGUCAAGGAGACACUCACCAAGAAACGGCUAAUCAAGCCGAACUUCAAAGAGUACCUGGCAUAUACUCAAGAAGAGAACUUCGAUCCUUUAAGGAUGAAAGCGUUCGAGGCGCUUAUCGAUCUCGGUGCUUUGCGUCAAGCUUCUCUGGCGAAAUAUGUCUUCUUCGCACUCACGUCUGAUCCAUCGCCCGUCGUUCGGCGACAUCUCGUGAAAACCAUACUAAGAGGGUUCGGUGACGUAGCUAUCGGCGGAAGGCCUCAAUCGGCUGGCGAGGGCGGUGGGUUGGAUGAUAUGAUCAUUGAGGAGGAAAGUGGUGAUAUCGCCGCUGAGGAGCGUCGUCAAGCACUUGCGAGGGCGAACCCGGGUGGUGCCAUUGACGCGUUGCAGAGGGAAAUUGCGGAGUCUGAUUUACUGAAGAAGUUACUUUGGGAUGCGGCAAAUUCGACGGAACUCGAUUUGUUGAGUCGCAGGGAUUUGCUUGAUUUGUGUCAAUUGCUGUUUACGACGAAAGAUUCGUACCUUGUUAAGCUCAAGCUACCGAAGCCAAGGCUGCGUGCUACAUAUCUUGGCAAGGGUAAGAUCGUGUUCAGGAAGGAGUUACCGUGGCCGAGACCACCGAAGAAACAGGAAAUCAAGAAAGAAGAAAGUCCUGCGACACCCGUGCUGGCACCCACCAUCAAGUUGAAGUUACCCACGUUGAAGAUCAAGCUGGGCGGGGGAGGAGGAGGCGGUGCUUAAAACUGGCGAAGAGGAGGACGAGUGGAAUAAGUUUUUGGAUGCGAUGAUAUGGAAAGCGUUUUAGCAUACCGGUGUUGGGCAUUGGGUUAUCUUUGUUAUCUCGUGUUUUUUCGUUAUUCUACUGGGAGAACGCAUUACACGGCAACACAACUAGCAUGGACAGCUGAUGAAUUGGUUAUGGAAGAAGAAUAAGAUACCAAUACCUAGUCCACGGUGUGUAUCGGCAUGGUUGGUUACAAUUGAUCACUAUCCGAUAUCUUGGGUAUAUGAGUUUGUUC